GAAUUAUCUGAUUUGUUAUGUAAUAAACAAAUGUUCACAGAAAAUCAUGUUACUGUUAAAUCAAUGAUCUUUUAUUAACUGAACAUUUUUGACUUACAUAGCAUUAAACUGUCACUAGAGACCAGAAAGCACAAGAUAGGUGUUUCGUCUUAAUAUGAAUGGUCAUAGCUGUAUGCAUACAUGAUCUCGUCAGGGAUGGAACGUAGAACGUCAAGACUUAGAAACAAGUACUUAAUCUUAAGUUCAACAAGUGAUUAAUAUCUCAAACCAGAUAUAGCUGAAUUCUAAUGAACAUGAAGAUUUAUUCUGGAAGUUAGUAAAUAUCCAUCUACAAUGAACUUGUCCCACCUCGACCAGUUCAUUUGAACUCUACCAUAUCUUCAACAAAUACUAAUAUUAUCAAAUUAUCAUGGUCUGUACAAUAUCAAAAUAUAACUAGCACAAUGAAUCCAAUUGUGUUUAUAUUACAAAUACGAAUAUGUAUUUGUAAGGUGUUUGAUGAAAAUUAUGCAUCAACAUGGCAAACAUUAAUUAUGACUCAUGAAUUUGGAGCAAAUCUUGAAGCAUUUGAACCUGGACGACUGUAUCAAUUUCGUAUUGCUGCUGUCAGUAUUCACGGUACUAAAGGAUUUGGUUUAAACACAAACGCUUAUCCUAGAGAUCCAAUCAGACCAUCACCACCAGGAUCACCUAGAAAUGUAACCGAUUCAAUGUGGAGAUUAUAUUCAUCUGGUAAGAUAAGUCUUCUACUAAAAUGGCAGGCACCGGUGCGAAGUGAUCUACCAUUAACAGAAUAUUUAAUAACUUGGUCUAUUGAUCAUGGUUACUUACAUACGGAUGGACAAACACUAGAAGCUCUUAUUCAAUUCACUCAAACUAUCAAUGCGGAACGAACAGAGUGUAUUUUGGAUAAUUUAAAACCAGCAACUUCAUACAAAAUUCAAGUGAGAGCAAUAUCUUAUUGGCAUGGAUUUGGUAAUUUAGAAUCGCAACCAAAUACAAUAUUUCUUUCAACUCAAUCUAUUCAUCCAGCAUUCCAUCAACAAAUUGUUAAUCCAGUACAAAUCUAUGCUACACCAAAUACAAUCAAAUUACCAACAGAAUUUACGUUUAAAUCCAAAUCAUCAAACUGUGAAUGUAGCGAUGGUCCACAACCUCUAGUGUUGAAGAAGAUAUUCUAUGAAAAUCAUAACUUAAAGGCUGUACUGCAAAUUAAUAUGACUAUAAAGACGGAAAAUACAACAAUAAUCCAGUGGUAUCCACAAGUAUGUAUUGAUUCGAAUAAUCCUAUAUUGGAUACAUUACCUUCAACAAUCUUAUUAAAAUCUAAAGAUAAAAGAGUUAUAUUAGAAAACCUUUAUUUUAACUGUCGCUAUGAUGUACGAGUUCGUGUAUAUCCAGCAAAUUUAGAUGCAAAAUAUAUAACUAUGAUAGAAUCAGUUGUUCAUGUACAAAAUCAACAGUUCGAUGUGAUCGUUUAUGUAGGAUGUUUUUGCACACCGUCUUGUUCAAAUGUUAUAAAAAAAGAAGGUCGAUUGCCGGAUAAUUGUAUUUUACCAGCUCUAGGACCACCAUCUCCACCAACAAAAGUUCAAGUAAUUCACAUGAGCGAUCUAAAUUAUCGAAUAUCGUGGAUACAACCAAUGACAACUUCAGACAAAAAUGUGAACGAACAUUCAAGUCUUUCUUCAUCUGUCAAUAAAUUAAACAAAAAUUCAACCAAAUAUCGAAUAACAUGGGCACCAAGAAUUCAGGAACCAGUGGAUGAAUCAAUGUAUAAUGAUGAAAUCGGUUUCAGUCCGAUAAUGGAUUUACAACAGAUUGAUGUCAGAGUAAUAGAUAAAGAUCAAACAUGGAUUAUAUUAAACCAACUGAAACCCAACACACUUUAUAUUGUACAUGUACAAACUUUGCUUGUUUCACAUAACGGUAUGGAAAGGCAAAGUGAUCCAGUUUCGGUUUAUUUCACAACAAUUUGUGAUAAACAAAUGAAAAGUUCUUAUUUAGGUAAAUACAGAUCUCGAAAUCUUGCACCUCAGUGUCCGACAUCAGUAUUCACUUAUGCUCAAUUUUUCAUUAUAUUCUCAAUUUUUAGCAUUUAUUUCUUGUAAAUAAGGAUAAUUAAUUACUGCAAUUAUCAUCAUAGUGAGACUAGUAAUGUAGACUAUUAUUCAAUGGAUAGUUUUUUUUUGUCUAUUUUCAACACCAUCCUUAUAGUGAUUAUUGAACAUGUAUAAUUUGUAAAUAUCGAUGAUAAAAGCUUAAGAUUAGACAGAUGAAGAAUAAAAUACUAUUUGAUUUUGUAUUUGUAAUUCAUUUAUUGUUAAUUAAUUGUACAGAUUUAGAAUGUACAUAAAGUAUUUUCGAUUU